GAAACUUCUGUUGACCCAAAGAGCUUGGCUUGGAAGAAUGGGCGAGGGACCAGGGACCUACUCCGUCAGCCUCAGGCUCUUCAGUUGAAGCGAGGAUUGAUAUGGAUUGAUCCAAUUCAUGCAAGCCUUGUUUGGACACCACGCCAUGCCAUGAUUGGACACGCAGAUCCUCAGCUCUGGGAGCAUGAGCGAACCUGUGCUCUCCCAGGGCGAGAUCCUGCGGCGGCUCAGCGCCGCAGCGCAGGAGGCGCGGCGCCAGCAUUCUUUGGCAUCUGCCCUGAUCUUAUGGCAUCGGAAGACUCGCAACCGAAGGGCAUCUGCCUGGCUUCGCCGCUCCAGCGCCCGACGUGGAGCCGCACGCUUGCUGCGUUGGUGGCACCACAACACCCAAACCCAGCUCGGCCGCCGCUGCGCGGCGCGGGCGCGGGAGGCUCUGCUCCAACGGCGGUGCCGUGCUCGCCGGCUCUCCGAAGCGCUACGGCUCUGGGCGGCGCGGGCCGCGCACGGUGCGCGAAGGCGGUUGCUGCCACUGCGGGCGACCUGCUAUGCACGGGAGAGGCUCCUGGUGCGGAGCUGGUCUGCUUGGAUGCACUUCUGGACCUCUUGCGCCCAGCAGGCACAGGACUUGGCGCAGAAGAGGCGGCAGCUGCUACGAUCUCGCUUGCCAGUUGCCUGGCGCUUUUGGCACACCUGGGCUCAAAGUUCUUCGAACUCCUCACGAUGCUUCGAGCUCUUCCGGACAAAAUGCCGGAAGACAUUGCGGCAAAGGACUUGGGUGGCUUGGCAUCGCUUCUUGGCGCGGCGCUGGGCACGGCAGCAGCGUCAGCGUGAGGCCAUGGCGCUCUUCAAGGGCGCCUCGCGGCGUCACGCCUUGGUGGAGCUGUGGGAGGCAAUGGCGCUGCGGCAGAGGCGCGCCGAGGAGCAGCUGGUGGAGCAAUGGCGCUGGAGGAGGGCAUCACAGAAGGAGGCCUUCCAGGUGAUGCAAGCCUGGCAGAUGCCCGACUCCUCAAAGGGACAAAGAACUCAUAAACACUGGACGAUCCAAUGGGUGUCCGGAAUUCAUGGUUUUGCUUGAAGGAUAUAUACAUAUUCAUGGGUCCCGAACUGGGUCAAUCCUCGAGUUUUUACUGGAUUCCUUCCUUUGAGCCGUAAUCAUCCAAGAGUUGGACGUCUUUAGUCUUUAGUCUUUGUUUUCUUUAAGGACUGCGAGUCGGAGGUCAACCUACCCUGGUUUGGUGUGGAUCCCAAACCAGCCCCACCCCCCUAACCGAAUGGUUUUGGGGCUCCAUGUGGUCCUCUGCAGGGGUAUAGAUGGUUGUAGUGAGACCUGGAUUGACAUGCAACAGUUCUGCCGAACUGGGCGGUUUUGCAGCGUUGCAAGACCUGGCAGAUGGUGAGACGAGAUGGUUGGAUGGUGAUUAGGACCCUUGAGGAUGCUAGGGCGCUCAAGCAAUGAGAACGACGCCACGUCGCUGAAAUGAGAACGCGCGCAGCAGAUCGCAGAAAUUGGCGCACGCUUCUAACAGAUGCGACACGGGAGCCCACCAAAGGCUCCGACCUGGUUCUUCAAAGUGACCUUUUGAUCUCCUGGUUUGAGGUCACAAACAGGCACUUGGGACUCUGGACUCAGGUCAUGAACUGAAGAAGCUGGUAAGUGCCCCUUUCUUAGAGAGACCCCUUCCAUUUGCAUGGACAUUCCCUCCGUCUCGCCGCCAAGGUGCUCUGCCCGGACCAAGGCCGCAGCCUCCAGUGAGCUGCAGAACUUCCGCACAAAGCUGCGGAUGGAGCGCGAGACCGCCACGAACGACACCCAAAAACGCCAUUUGGGUGUGUGUUGAAACAGGGAGACCUCCCAGGCAACGCCUUUCCUG